AUGGCUGAGCGCUACGACUGUACAGAGUGUAAGGAGACCUUGUAUGGGACAAAGUACAUCCUACAGGAUGACAAUCCGUACUGCAUUAAGUGCUAUGAGACACUUUUCUCCAACAUCUGCGAAGUGUGCCAGUUACAGAUUAGCUGCACAAGCAAGGAUCUGUCCUACAAUGACCGCCACUGGCACAGCGAGUGCUUCCUCUGCUGUAAGUGCAACCGAUCUCUGGUGGAACGGCCUUUUGCCACCAAGGAUGACAUGGUAAUGUGCAUCGAGUGCUACAGCAACGAGUACUCUGCCAAGUGCCAUUCAUGCUUGAAGACCAUCAUGCCAGGUGAAGGCUCUAAAAAGAUGGAGCAUAAGGCCAACAGUUGGCAUGAGAAUUGUUUCACCUGCAACCGUUGCCAGCAGCCCAUCGGCACCAGGAGCUUUGUGCAGAAGGACACCAACAACUACUGCCUGCCCUGCUAUGAGAAGCAGUUUGCCCAGCAGUGCUUCCAAUGCAAGAAGCCCAUCACCACUGGAGGAGUGAUCUACCACGACCAGCCCUGGCAUAAGGAGUGCUUUGUUUGCAUCGCAUGCAAGCAGCAGCUUGCGGGCCAACGGUUCACCUCUCGGGAUGACUUCGCCUACUGCCUUAACUGCUUCUGCAACCUGUUUGCCAAGAAAUGUGCUUACUGCACCACCCCAAUUAGCGGUCUCGGGGGCAGCAAGUACAUCUCGUUUGAGCAGCGCCAGUGGCACAACUACUGCUUCAACUGCAAAAAGUGCCACGAGUCUCUGGUCGGUCGAGGUUUCCUGACGUGCAAAGAUGACGUCCUCUGCCCCAACUGCGGCAAAGACUUCUGAGUGAUUUUCAAGCUGGAAAAUAGUCAAAGAGCACUAGCAUUCUCCUAACCUGAGCUUUGUUGCGCGUUUUGUAUCAUGUAUUGGCUUCAUAAACAUUAACCUUUUCUUACUGCUGAGGUCUGCAUGAUGAAAGUCUGUUUGUGGCAUCAAAAUAACCUUUUUAAUAGAUAUUUUAGAGCAUAAGUAAAGUUGUUUUAAUAGGUGGCACUGUGAUGGCAAUUGUUCUUAACAGAGUUAAUAUAAUACUACUGAUGCUGUUUAUUCUAAUUAGAUAAAUUAUGUUUUAAUGAA